UGCAGCAAAGAUGGCGGUUUCAGCUGUGCUCGGCCCGAAGCUGCCGGAUCUUCAGUACCUAAAGCGGCUUGCAAGGGACCAGCUUGUCCAUCUGUUGGAGUCGCUCCCAGGAAGAAAAGACCUGGUCAUUGACCCAGACCUGAUGACACCUUUGGAUAGAAUAGCAGGUGCUUCACUUCUCAAGCAACAUGGUGUGGACAAGAUAUUCAAACUGGAACGAACAAAAAUACAUGGCGGGUGUGAUCAGCUGGUUUACCUGGUUAGGUCAAAGUUAACCACCACAAAGUUGAUAGCAGAUCAGAUUACGGCAGACAUAAGAGAUGCUAGGAAAAGGAAGUACAAGAUUAUUAUGACACCAAGAAGACUUCAAGUGUGCGACAUGGUUUUGGAACAUGAAGGAGUAUUUGGAUUGGUUAGUAUAGAAGAGCUCCAUCUUGACCUGAUACCUCUGGACAGAGACCUUCUAUCCAUGGAGCUACCACAGUUUUUCAGGGACUAUUUCUUGCAUGGUGACCAGACUUGGCUGGCCAGUAUUGCCAAGUCCCUAGUCAACAUUCAGUCCCUGUUUGGACCCAUUCCUAAUAUAUAUGGCCAAGGAAGAUGUGCAAAGAUGGUGGCUGACAUGGUGGAUAUGAUGAUGUCUGAGCUGGGAGAGAGACAGUCUCCCAUUGGCUGUGAGAUUGGACAUCUCUUCCUCAUAGACAGAGAUGUAGACUAUGUGACGCCGCUGUGCACCCAGGUCACAUACGAGGGUCUUUUGGACGACAUCUUCGGCAUCAAAAGUGGUUCAGUUGAAUUUGGACCAGACGUCACAGGAACCGACAAGAGCAUCAAGAUUAUGCUGUCAGGAGAAGAUGAGGUGUUCAGAGCUAUCCGAGACCGCCACUUCUCCAAUGUGUUUGGGUUCCUCAGUGCCAAGGCCAAGGAGCUUCAGACCAGCUACGAUAAACGUCAUAACUUGAAGUCGGUUCAGGACAUGAAGCAGUUUGUCUCAGAGGAGCUCAGUAACCUCAAAAAGCAGCACAAGGCUCUGACUUUACACAUUGGAGCCUGUGAAACCAUAACAAAGAACAAGAGCAGAGGAGACUUUGAAGAACAAAUGAGAACAGAACAUGGUUUAUUGGAGGGUGUUGAUGUUAGAGAGUGCAUCAACUUUAUUGAAGAGUCCAUCAACAGACAGCACAGUCGCACAGAGGUCCUAAGACUGCUGUGCAUGCUCUCAUCCACACAAGGAGGUCUGCCGUCCAAGGACUACAAAUCUUUGAAAACCCAGUUUCUGCAGAGUUACGGGACAGAACAUCUCCUCACGCUGCACAACCUGAAGAAACUGGGCCUGUUUGUGGAGCAGCAGGCACCUGAUGCAACAGCCAACAAACUGACGGACAAAAUGGCUGCCAAGCUGACAGACGGCAUGGCAUCCUUACAGCUCCAGCUCCAGCUGCCCAAGAAGAGCCAGUUCCGAGCUGUCAGCAGGAAGCUGAAUCUGAUACCAAAAUCUGCAGAGAACUUUGAGCUAAGGAACCCCAAUGACAUGGCGUAUGUCUUCAGUGGAGCAUAUGCCCCUCUUAGCUGCAAACUUAUUGAACAGGUGUUACAGCGGGAAGGUUGGACAGGUGUUGAGGACAUAGCAAAACUCCUACCUGGAGACAACUUUGUUCAUCUCAAAGCAAAAUCAGCAAAGGGAAAGGCAAGUGGAUCUAAUCCAGACUCUGACAAGAUAGUGUUGGUGUACUUCCUUGGUGGCUGCAGUUACACUGAAGUGUCUGCACUCAGAUUUCUAGGGAAGCAAAAAGGAUACAGAUUCCUAGUCGCCACAACUGCACUUGUUAAUGGAGGAAGACUGAUUGAGUCUGUUUCAGGAUGGAAAUGACACUAAAACUGACUCUCCAAGGGCACAUUCCUCUGUAUACAUGUAUCAGAAAUUACAGUGAAGCAUUCUUUUGUGUAUAUACUAGUAAUACUGUACAGUAUUGUACCUAUUUUUAGAGCACCUUUCUACAUGGAUUAUGAUGAAAACAUUCUUCUUGUCUUUAUGUUUUCUGUCUGCGAUAUUAUCUUCAUGGUGUCAACUAGCCAACUACAAAUGUUGAUCAUGUUUCAAUGAUGUUUACAGUGUUACAAAUGUGUUUGUUUAAGUAGUUAGAAUGAGCAGGUACAGUAGUCUUAUUGUUUAUGACAUGAAGGCAGCAAAUCUGUACAAAUUUGGAGUCCUUAUUGGAAAUAGGUGUUAUUUAAUAUGCAAAUUCUUGCUUUCACAUCAAAUACAUGUACUAGAUAUCUAUCAAAUUAUAUAGUCAGAGGUGAGGACUCAAUAAUAGGUAUUAGAACAGUUACUCAAGUUACUUAUAAUGCAGCUUGGGUUAUGUGCAUACAUGUAUAUACUGUUUAUAUGUUUCAAUGAUCAGGAAUUGGAAGCCUUUAGGCAUGAUAUUUCCUAGUGUGUGUAGCCAACUGGUAAAGGAG